AUGGAAGCCUGCGCAAAUCGCUGCAGCAGCUGCAAUUUCAACUUGAACGCGAGCAAGUGGGCUCAGGUUCUGGUGCCCGGCUGCCUUCAUGGCUAUCACUUGAGUUGUGCGCUUCAAGCGAGUGAGCCUCGUCGGCCGGGCGUGGAAGCGCCAAACGGCAAUGCAGACGAUUCUGGGCCAAGAAGUUGUGCCACUUGUGCCGAGCUCCUUCUCUCAGAGGUGGAUGGUGUGCGCAUGCUCUACAAAGAGUGCAGCGAGGAGCUGCAUCGCCGUGACCCAACGGAUCUGGAGCUCUUUCGCACCGUUGAGAUCAAGCAGGGGCGGGAGACCAGCCCACUGCGUGAGCUUCCCCGCAGCAUCCUCUGCCUCCAAGGCCUGCGCUGCCUAGACAUCACUGGGCAUCCGCUGGUCCGAGUUCCUCCUGAAAUCCGGCUCUUGACAUCUUUGAAAAGGUUGUGCUUCGUGUCUACGGAGAUCACGGAGUUGCCGGAGGAGCUUGGCGAGCUGCAGAAUCUGCAGCAGUUCGUCGUCAGCUGCUGUCCACUUCGCUGCCUGCCCGAGAGUUUGUGUAAGCUGGUUCGUCUCUGGGACUUCUACUUCGAUGGAAACCAGCUGCGGGAGCUGCCAGAACAAUACCCUCCUUUGGUGAACGGACUGAAGGUGUCGGGAAAUUUGCUGCGGCAGAUUCCGGAGGCAGUAGGCGGAUUGCAGGACAUAAAGUGUAUCCGAGCUUAUGCCAACAAGCUGGAGGCAUUGCCUGACAGCAUUUGCCAGCUGACAAACGUGGGGGAGAUGUCGCUCCAGGGCAAUCGCUUGCAGCACUUGCCACAACAAAUUGGCUCGCUGCAGAAUCUGCAAUACUUGUCGCUCCAUGACAACCUUCUGCGAACGCUGCCGGAGUCAAUACUGGAGCUGUCGGAGUUGCGCUGGCUGUACCUCUACAACAACCACUUGCAAGACUUGCCUCGUGGUCUAACAACGAGGCUUCAGCAGCUGGAGCGGCUUCUCGUGGAGACCAAUCCGCUCUCGGAGGCCGCUGUUGCAGACCUCAUCCAGUCGGGUGGUUCCCUGCGCGUACUCGGUUUGGAUACCGAGCAAGCAUCGAGGGUGGACCCCGACAGCCUUCCGCCCUGGGUUUCUGUCGGAUGGAUGCUGCCCUGGUACAGGCUAUAUGCCAAAUUGCAGCCAGCUUCGCAGCUCAAGCGGCGUCAAGGCGUGGAACCUGUCCGUGGGCAUCUUCCAGCAACGCCAGAAAAUGACGUGCUGGUAGUGGCCUUUGCUGCUAGCCAGGCGGAGCCAGAGUGGCUAGGAGUUUUGAGCCAAGUCUACUCUGGCGAUGUGUCGGUAGCAGAAGCGGAGCUGCAAAUUUCGAUGGAUGACAUGGGCAAGUUCUCCGGCCUUUUUCGAGCGCUGCACGAGCGGGAGCUGCAGGAGGAUGGCAGCGAUGAGGACCUGGAGCGCCUGGCCUCUACCUGCUGGCUUUCAGCACCUCCACACAGCAGCAGCAGGCAGAACGGCGAAGCACUGCAAGACUUCGACGUCCUGACUCUCUGUGAUACAGGGGCGCAGUGGUACACCGAUGUGAGCGAAAGGGAACAGCUAGAGGUGGAGCGAAGGCUCAGGGAGAUUGUGCCAAGAUACAAGAGGGUCAUUCUGUUGGGCGUGUCGAUGGGAGGCUUUGCGGCGCUGUCAAACUCCCACCUCGCCCACUCUGUCCUCGUUUUUGGUCCACAGACAGACCUCACACUCAGCCACUUACGACCGGGAUUUAGCCCAGAAGAUCUGGUGAGGAUGAGCGACAACCUUCGAAGUCGAGUGCAGCAAGCGCUGAGCCAGGGCGUGCACUUUCAGUAUCACGUUGGUGCGGAAGACCACUUGGCUUAUGCCCGCAGGGUGCCUCUGCCUCGAAGCUGCUUUGUGGUCCAUCCGGUCGAAGGCCGGAUUGCACGUCUUUUGGAACGCGCUGGAAUCCUUUGGCCGCUGUUGAUUAGGAGCAUUGCUCGAGAGCAGCGUCUUGCAAGAGGAGCAAGUGGACGAUGUGGAUCUGGCUGGAACGGGUAG